AUGUCGCGCGGCGGACGAGGAGGCAGCUUCGGCAGCGGCCGUCGCAACAAAAACGCCCCCGAGAUAGAAGACUACGACUUUGACGAGGACGAGGACAACCUCACCCCCCGGCAAAAAAAGCCUCAGCCUCUCUUUCCAGACAUUUCUCUCCCCGUCCCACGUCCGCCCACCGCGCGAGAACUCUCGGCCGUAGCGCGCCAUCUUGCCUUCCGCACCCGCGUGCGCAAUGGGCCUUACUUCGCGACCCUCGACCCCAGCAGCGUGGCCGACGCGAUGACGGGACGCACGCUCAAGCGCGCAGGAUUCGACCCAUUCACAGACCAGGAGACCUACUCGAGCAGGAACUACAAGAAGAAGCGGGCGGUGCCGGACUUGAAGGGCGCGGGGCGGGAGUACGCACUGAAAUAUUUCCCCCAAGAACUCUGGUCAACGCUGGACCCUUCGCGCAAACACCCCCUCUGGAAGACCGUCGAUCCUGACGACGACGACAACAACAACAACAACGGCGGCGUCUCGGCCUCACGGCACGGAUCACGCAAGCGCAAGCGGGAGACUACCACCGCGCUCGCGGCGCUGGAUGUCGCCAAUGAUGACGAUGACAAUGACAAUGACAAUGACGACGACGACGGCGAGCAGACGGCAGAGUCCGACUCCGACGCAUUAAUCCCGUCAGGCAGGGGCGCGAGGGCCUCGAGGCGGAAGAAGAAGAAGAAGCAGAAGAGGGGCCGUGGGAGCGGGGGCGGUGGUGGUGGUGAUGGGACGGGCAAUUCGCGGGAGAAGCGCGGGCUGGACGCCGAGGACGACUUCGAGCCGAUGAAGAAGAAAAAAGGCCCGUCGCCUCCGUCGACGAUGCGGGCCAAGGAGAAGAAGCGGCGGAAGGCGGAGGCCCGUGCCGCGGGGACCAAGGUUGACGAUACCGACGAUGAGGAUGACGACGACGAGAAUGUUGACCCGGAUCAUGACGACGAUGUCGGCGACGAGGACGAGGACGACGAUGACGAAGAGCCCGUGGACUCGGACUUUGAAGAGAGCGACGAAGGCGAUGGGGACGAUUACAAUGCGGAGAAUUACUUCGACGACGGGGAUCGCGACGAUGAUGACGGCCUCGGAUUUGGAGGUGGAGGGGGUGACGAGGGCGGGGAGUUCUAG